UAAAUAUCAAAAAUGCAGAAAGAACUUUCUUUGCUAUAAUUAUUUGAGAUGAAGUAAUCUAGUGGACAUUUUAAAAAUUAUAAAGCCAUUUGAUUGUUGGAAAAUGAAAUACGAACUUGAAGAAAGCUUUUUAGUUGUUAAUUUCACUUAUUUAGUUAAGAAAUGGAGAAACCUUCUAAAAUUUAUUAAAAACAUUAUCAAAUUUUGGAAGCAUCCUAAUUUUUUGGUUUUCUUGUUGCUUAUUUUUCCAUGAAAACCAUGCAAGACACAGAAUUCAUGAAUGCCAUAUAGUUUUACAGACCACUCUCGAAAAUAACAGCAAGGAAUAUGAUUCAGAAGCAAAAAAAUAGAUUUAUGACAUAUUCAUUUAGAAUACCAUAAUUUAAAGGGCAUUUCGAUUAUUGUAUGGUACAGUUAUAUUAAGG